GUGAACUUGCGAUUGCGACGCUAGACCGAGGCAUUGAGCCCCAACAACACCGUACCCAGUAUCCCGCCGAAGAGGAUAACAAACGUACGCGCAAAUUCGACACCGCUACUGACACCCACCCGCUCACAAACUCGCAGCAACACCGCCAUCAUGUCUGUUCCUCCCUCCCCGCUCUUCUUCAAACAGCCAGUACGCUACCUCAAAUGGGCCUCUAUCCACAAGCCGGCAUACUUCUACUCCAUCAUCAUCGGCUGUGCGGGUCCGGUCAUGAUGGUUACGGUUCCGCCGAUUCGGAGAUAUAUGGGCGAGGAGCAGAUUGCCAAGAUUCCUAUGACAUACCCAGUACCCAAGGGACCAAGGCCGAGACCAACAGGAUUUGACGACGAGUAGGGGAAGCUGGAGGCGGAUUCAGGAGAACAGAUGAUACUUUUACGAUACAAGGAGAAGCGGAGUAAAGGUAGCAAUAGGUGCCAAGUCAAAGCAUCAUGUAUAGAGCACAUUUUCUUUCUGUCAAUACACCACACAUCAUCGUAUCCGUCAGACUAUAUCGAAGAGAUGGAAUUUUAUCUACCA